AUGUCGGUGCCCCCGUGCAAACCCCUAGUGCAGACACGCUGCAUGGCCCCUGCCCCCGGCUCUGACUCUGUGACUCUCUCUCCAGUGGACGUGACUCUGGAUCCAGACACGGCUCAUCCCAACCUCGUCCUGUCUGAGGAUCGGAAACGUGUGAGAGACGGAGACAAACGCCAGGAUCUGCCCGACAAGCCUGAGAGAUUUGAUAGAUAUCCCAUUGUCCUGGGCGCUGAGGGGUUCGCGGGCGGGAGGCGUUACUGGGAGGUGGAGGUGGGAGACAAGACAGGCUGGGAACUGGGGGUUUGUAGGGAAUCUGUGAGCAGGAAGAGGUGGGUCACACUCACACCUGAGGAUGGAUACUGGGUUGUGGAGCUGUGGGAUGGGGUCUACCAGGCCCUCACCUCCUCCUCGACCCCCCUCCCCAUGAGCGCCAGGCCCAGCCGGGUGGGGAUUUUCCUGGACUAUGAGGCGGGCGAGGUCUCGUUUUACAAUGUGACUGACAGGUCCCAUCUCUUCACUUUCACUGGCACCUUCUCCGGGAGGCUCCGCCCUUAUUUCAGUCCUAGUUACAGCGCUGGGGGAACAAACGUGGCUCCCCUGAGCAUCUGCCCGGUCCCAGCUCAGGCCGGAGGGAAUCUCGGCCCCUGACAGUGACCCCGCGGCACAGACUGGCCCCUCCCAGCGCUGCUGCUCUGCCCGCCCCCCGGUGGCAGAGGCCGGUUACUGCAGGUAACUGGAUUUUUUUGUGCUGCCCAGACGCUGCCAGUUUCCCUUUUCAGCUGGAGUAGAAACCCGGACACCUGGCACCCCCCGCCCAGGCUGGGUGAAUGGGACCCACUUGCUGGAAGAAGCCCAGAAAGCUUCCCUCCCACUCCCUCUGUGUUUGCUCCACCCUGGCACAGGGUGAUGCUGGUAAGAAAUCCUGCCAGACAGCUGGUGGGUUUCGCUGCCCUCACCUUUCCCCUCCCCUGCCCAGGGGUAGCAGAUGGUGACGGAUGGGGUCAUUCACUCUUGUCAGAAUAUUCUACCCCACUGAAAUCUCAACACACAAUAUGAAAGAAAAGAUUAUUCUAAAUUAGAAAUGGUUGUUAUUGUAAACAAACAUAUUUUCAUUUACAUUUCAACAAUAUUUCAGAAACAAGCAUCUAAACAUAUUUUUAGAAAUGGAAUUAUUUACAUGUAUUUUUUUAUUCUUCUCUCAAAUCUAUAUUGAGGUUUAACUUCUCUACACAGCAUCAUUUGUAUUUCAACUGUGUUACUUCAGGAAAUCCAAAAUAUUUCUCUUAUCAAAAUAAUUAUUAAAAACUGUCAGACUGGGUUGUUCAGUUACAAUGUACAUGUGUCAUAAACAUCACAACUAC